AAUCUGCUGAUAUUUUGGACAAAUAAUUCGGUAAUAGCGUCUUCCUUGUUUCAACACCUCCAAUUUCACGUAAAUGAAAACCAUUUGUAGAUUCAAGAACGGGAGAUUCUUUAAUGCCUUUGAUUUCUGUUACAAGAACUUUUCUUCUGUAGCUGCUGCUAAAAUGGAGACUCAAAUCCGAGAAGAAAAAGUUUGGGAAAGUUUAACCGCUCAAGUCUCGGCCUUGCACUCCCUCUUACAGUCGUGCGCAAGAAAUAGAGCCGCCAUUAAAGGGAAGGCUUGCCAUGCAAAGAUAAUCAUUUGGGGGUUACACGCGGCCGUUCGGACAUCGAACAUGGUCAUAAACGUGUAUGCAAAAUGUGGUCUUUGGAGUUCUGCUCGGAAAGUGUUUGAUAAAAUGACUGAAAGAAGUUUGGUUUCGUGGAAUACGAUGAUUGGUGCCUAUACCCAGAAUGGGCUGGAGAAAGAGGCUUUUGAAAUUUUCAUUUUCAUGCUAAGAGAAGGAAACCCAUUUAGUGAAUUCACAAUUUCAAGCAUUCUAUGUGCUUGUUCUGCAAAGUUUGCUGUUUCUGAGUGUAAACAGUUGCAUAGUUUAGCUAUAAAAGCUGCCACAGAUUCUAACGUGUUUGUGGGAACUGCAUUGCUUGAUGUGUAUGCCAAAUGUGGUUUGGUAAAGGAUGCUAGGGAGAUUUUUGAGAGCAUGCCCGAGAAGAGUGUUGUUACAUGGAGUUGUAUGGUUGCUGGACUCGUGCAAAGCCUUGCAGCUUUGAUUGAAGGAAAACAAGUGCAUGCUGUUUUACAUAAAACAGGAUUUGAUACAAACAUAUUUGUUACUUCGUCACUUAUAGAUAUGUAUGCCAAAUGUGGUAGUGUUGGAGAGGCUUAUGUUGUGUUUACAAGUACCAAAGAGAAAAACAUUGUUUCAUGGAAUGUGAUGAUUUCUGGUUUUGCUAAACAUGCCUGUCCCUUGGAGGCAAUGGUUUUAUUUGAGAAAAUGCAGCAGAUGGGUCUCUACCCUAAUGAGUUGACAUACAUUUCUGUCUUGUCUGCAUGUAGUCAUGUGGGUUUGGUUGAAGAGGCACAGAGCUAUUUUGACCUUAUGACAAGAGAGCACAAAAUUACACCUACUGUCAUUCACCACUCGUGUAUGGUUGAUAUUUUUGGGCGCGCAGGAAAGACUUGUGAAGCUCAUGAUUUGAUAAAGAGAAUGCCAUUUGAUGCCACUGCCCCCAUGUGGGGAUCACUUCUAGCAUGUUGUAGGGUCCAUGGGAAUCUUGAGUUGGCUGAGAUUGCAGCCAAGCAUUUAUUUGAGAUGGAGCCUGAUAAUGCAGGCAACCACAUUCUGCUUUCAAACAUAUAUGCAGCCAACAGAAAGUGGGAGGAAGUUGCAAGAGCAAGAAAGUUUCUUAAAGAGAGUGAUGUGAAAAAGGAGAGGGGUAAAAGCUGGAUUGAAAUUAAGGACAAGGUCCACACAUUCAUGGUUGGAGAAAGAACUCACCCAAGGAUUUCUGAAAUCUAUGUAAAAUUGGAUAGCUUGGUGGAAGAGAUGAAGAUGCUUGGCUAUAAAGCUGAGACUGAACAUGAACUUCAUGAUGUGGAAGAGGGUAGGAAGCAAGUACUUUUGCUACACCACAGUGAGAAGCUAGCACUCACUUUUGGGCUAUUGUGCCUGCCUCCUGGUGUCCCUAUUAGAAUUAUGAAAAAUCUUCGGAUUUGUGUUGAUUGUCAUUCUUUUAUGAAGCUUGCGUCAAGCAUUGCAGCAAGGGAGAUUGUUGUCAGGGAUGUUAGCAGGUUUCACCAUUUCAGGGAUGGAUGUUGUUCUUGUGGGGAGUUCUGGUGAAAUAUGAGUUUUGCAAAAUUGCAACUAUGAUUUGUGGUCCUCGGUGUUUCCAUUUGUUUGUAAAAAGAAAGGUGAAAAGAUCAAGGGCAGUGCUCAUCAAUCCUUGGAUCAGAAGCUAAGAGAAAAUUUAUGAUACAAAUGCAUACAUUUGCAGUACCUUGGACUAAGAAGCAGCUAUGGUGGUGGACUACAAGACUUUGGGCAAUCCAAAAAUCCUAGACAUCAAAAUAAAAGACCUGAUGGUCAAAUAUAAUGCACUUGACUUUGGAGGCAUAGAUCUGAAGGCUGAAAGAGAAUCAGAUCUACAUGACAUCAAUGCUGCUGUUGCCCAAGAACUCAGGCAUUGAUUCUGGAAUUUGUGUAGGAAAUAGAUUGGACUUUUCUCUUGUCGCUCUGAAGGUAUGAUACUUGGGCUUGGGCAGGGAUAAGAUUAAUAGCAUAAAGGGAUGGAACAACAAACCAAGAUGAAAAAGUCUAUUGUGAUGCAUAAAACCAGGAUAUUUGAGACUGAGAAGAGAAGAGAGAUGAGAGAAAAUAAAUGCUCUCGUGUGCAUUUGACUGCCAAAGUUAUCAAAAUAUACACUUUACCAAAAAAAGAAAAAAUUACAUACUCUGAUGUGUAUGAAACAGCUUGUUAUUAAAUUCUUUUUGCUUUG